GUGUGAGUGUGUGUGUGCACAGGAAUGGUCUGCGAUGUCUCUUCUGACUUCAGUUUACAUCAGUGAGUACAGAAAGAGGAACGGCUCAUUAUCAGAAGCAGGAAGUCAAAUGUUCAUUUCAGGUUCUGUCUUUUACUCACUCUGACGGUCACAUGGCUCUUCCUCCGAUGCUCUUUGGUGUAUUACUUUACACUGCAGGAACUCUGAGCAUGAAGACAUUAGAUCAUGUAACUGUGAGAGAAGGAGAAACUGUUACAAUCCCGUGUCUGUAUGACAGUCAGUAUAAACUGAACCCAAAGUAUUGGUGUAAAGGGUCACCUUGGAUUUCUUGCACAAUCACAGCCCGUGCAAACGAUACAGGGAAAUGGACAAUAACUGAUUAUCCAGCACAGAAUAUUUUUACUGUGAAACUAAAUAAUUCAACAUCCUCAGACUCUGGAUAUUACUGGUGUGCUGUGGAGAUUAAUGCAAAUCCAGAUGAUGUAAAACGGUUGUAUUUAACUGUUAAACAAGCUCCUGAUGUGUCUGUGGUGAGCAGCAGUGUAUCUGGACAUGAAGGUGGUAAUGUCAGUGUCCAGUGUUUCUACAGUUCUAGAUAUCAGAAUCAUCCCAAACAGUGGUGCAGAUAUAAAGAUCAGAGAUGUUACACAGUGGGGAGGACUGACACAUCCCAGAGUUCAUCAGUCCAGAUCAGUGAUGAUGGGAGAAGAUCCUUCACUGUGCUGAUGACUGGACUGAGACUCAGUGAUUCUGGAUGGUUCUUCUGCUCUGCUGGAGAUCUGCAGGUUCCUGUUCAACUCUUUGUUCAGAGGGACAAUAAAUCUAAAAAUACAAGAACUCUGAGCAUGAAGACAUUAGGUCAUGUAACUGUGAGAGAAGGAGAAACUGUUACAAUCCCGUGUCUGUAUGACAGUCAGUAUAAACUGAACCCAAAAUACUGGUGUAAAGGGUCACCUUGGAUUUCUUGCACAAUCACAGCCCGUGUAAACGACACAGGGAAAUGGACAAUAACUGAUUAUCCAGCACAGAAUAUUUUUACUGUGAAACUCAACAAUUCAGCAUCCUCAGACUCUGGAUAUUACUGGUGUGCUGUGGAGAUCGGCACUUAUACAAAUCCAGAUGACAAAAAACGUUUGUAUUUAACUGUUAAACAAGCUCCUGAUGUGUCUGUGGUGAGCAGCAGUGUAUCUGGACAUGAAGGUGGUAAUGUCAGUGUCCAGUGUUUCUACAGUUCUGGAUAUCAGAAUAAACUCAAACAGUGGUGCAGAUAUAAAGAUCAGAGAUGUUACACAGUGGGGAGGACUGACACAUCCCAGAAUCCAUCAGUCCAGAUCAGUGAUGAUGGGAGAAGCUCCUUCACUGUGCUGAUGACUGGACUGAGACUCAGUGAUUCUGGAUGGUACUGGUGCUCUGCUGGAGAUCUGCAGGUUCCUGUUCAACUCUUUGUUCAGAGGGACAAUAAAUAUAAAAAUACAACUGAAAGUGAUAAAAGCUCUGAUGAUGCUGAUCCUUCUUCCUCUAUACGUGAAAACCACCAAACAAGUAAUGAUACAGAGGUCACCUCAUCUGAACACAGGGACGGGAUUUUUCUGUUGCUCUGGACUGCUGUGCCGCUACUUCUGCUUCUGAUGCUGGUUUUGGUGAUCUGGAGGAUUAUACAAAAAUGCAAUUUGCCCACACAAGGACCAGACGUCUGCUCUGAGACAGAAACCACUGUGAUGUAUGAGGUCUUCAAGAAAGUAAAGGAACAGCAGGUCUCUUUAUGCCCAAGCAUAGCCGUCCUCCUGACCAAGAUGAAGUGAUCUACAGAGCUGUGAAACAUCACUAAGAGUAGAUGAUCUUAUUGAUAUUACAAUCUCAAGUAAUAGCAUCUUUGUCUGUUUUACAUUACGUAAAGUUUCCUUUAAAGCCACAAAGGACGUGAGAAAGAAAAAGAGGAACUUUCAGCACAUGUUUUAAAAUGUGUUGUUUGCAGUUUUUGCAGGUCAUGGUUGUGUCAGAUUAUCGUAUUACUAUUAAGGGUUUUUCUACAACUGCAAAAUGUAUGUUUGCAGAGGUACAUUUUCUUCUGCUUUUCUAAUUUUAUUCUUAAUCGAUGUGUGAAGUAAAGCUGUUCCGGUCAGUUCUGGACAGAUUAAGAUUCGUCACACCACUCCAGAAAAACCUGAAAAAAUAUACAUUCACUUGAAAACUAAUUACUCAGUAUUUGGCUUUUUUUAAUUAAGGAUUAGUUUUUUGAGCUUCUAAAUAUUUUAGCAUUAUUAUCAUUGAUUGUGUAAAAAACAUGUUCUGCUGUGAGCCAUUUUUAGGUUGAUUUCCUCAAGAACUGUAUGUGAAAUGCAUGAGAAAUGUUUCAAUCUGUACAUCAAGAAAUAUUUUGCUUAAGAAUUAAUGCAAUGUAUGUUUCAUAUUAAUGUAUAAAAAAUAAAUAUGGUGUCUAGU